AUGGUUGAGUUCUUAGGGUACAUUAUCAAGCCCACUGGGGUGGAGAUGGACCCAGAAAAGGUGCAAACUGUCAAGCAAUGGCCAAUGCUGGAGUCAAUCCAUGACAUCCAGAGGUUCCUAGGCUUUGCCAACUUCUACUGGCAAUUCAUAGCUCACUUUGCCCAAAUCGCCAAGCCUUUAACCUCACUGGUUAAGCUGACUGAAUGCUUCAAGAAGUUUGAGUUGCCAGAGGAUGCUCAGCAGGCCUUCCACAAGCUCAUACAGGCAUUCAUGACAGCUGGAGUGCUAAGGCACUUCAAUUACCAUCUCCCUACAAGGACUGCUGAGUCAGCUAGUUAUUCUCACAGAUCACAAGGUGCUCAAGUACUUCAAGUCACAGCACUGCAUCACAGGAUGACAAGCAAGAUGGGUGGAGACAAGGGCAGUGAACCUGAUGCACUCACCAGACAAGUUGAUAUGCAACCUGUCAGCAAGGAACAAGAGCACAAUGUGUGGCAACUGCUGCCUGCUUGGGUAUUCAAGAAGGUGGAAAAUGAAAUUGGUAAAAGAAGCAGGAUACAGCAAAAUCCAGCAGAAACCAUAGUAGUGAGCACAAUAUUACAGAUUUCAACAGAAUUGGCCUUAGCAGUGUGUUUGGAUGAUGAUUCUGUAUUAGUAGCUCCCAUGCUCACAAUGGAGUCUAUAGCAAUGCAAGAGCUCAAGGAGUUGACCAAUAUCUUUCAGCCCUUGGACCAGGAGUUGCAGGAGAUACAUGUGAAGAAGCUGUUUGAAGUCAAGGAUGGCUUAUGGCACAGUGGUGGUAGAUUGGUCAUCCUGAAGUUCAUGGUGAUGUCCCAAUGUCAUGAUGGCAUCACAGCCAGACAUGUGGGACAAGAUGCCACCAUCAAGGUGGCACAAUGGCACUAUUGGUGGCCAAACAUGACAGCUUGGAUUGCCGAUUAUGUGGCAAGCUGUCCCAUACCAUGGGGCUCCAUCUUGCUGGACUUCAUUGAAGGACUGCCACUAUCAAGAGGGUAUGAUUCCAUACUGGUCAUUGUUGACAGACUGACCAAGUAUGCCAUCCUGGCCCCAACUCAUAAGACAGUCAUGGCAAAACAGACUGCCAUGUCAAUUUGGGGACAUGUGGUCAAACACUUUGGAUUCCCUGAUCAUAUGGUCUCAAACUGGGGAAGACAGUUCAUCUCAAAUGCAUGGAAGGAGUUUGCUGAGAGCAUGGGUGUUAAGCAUUUGCUCAGCAUGGCUUACCAUCCACAGACAGAUGGACAAACAGAGAGAGUCAAUCAAGUAGUAGAGCAGUACCUACAGAUGUAUUGCAACUAUGAACAGGAUGAUUGGGCCAAUCUGCUCCAAACAGCAGCCUUUGUGUAUAACAACACAGUCCACAACAGCAUUGGCAUCUUGCCAUUCUUCACAUGCUACAGAUGGAACCCCAAGGCCCAUCCUGACAUACCUCAGCAACUAGGGGUGAAUAAUCCUGAUUGUUCCAAGUACUUGGUUGACAGCAAAGAGCAUUGCAAGUACCUCCAAGACCAGAUCAGAGAGGCACAACAUUGA